UUAAAAAAAAAAAAAAAUAGUUUGUUCAAUCGGCCGACGUUACCACCAACGUUAAAAAAAAAAAAAAUCGGAAAUCGGCCAAUUUUCGUCCCGUCUGCAGCCGGCAUUUAAUUACUUCUGUCCCUGCAGAGAGCUCCGCUAUUAUAUUUGACAUGAAAAAGUCUUGCGGUUGCAACAAUGUAUCCAUUUGUAUUCAUUCCGGUAAAGGUGCGAAAAUCAGCCGAUUUUUUUUUUUUUUUUGGCCGAUCUUCGACCCGUCUAUGGCCUGCAUAAGUCCCUACAAUAUUAAUAAA